AAAUGCAAACUUCACAAAAAAAGGAUGGUUGCUCACGGUUAUUGUCUGUUAUAGUGUUAUGUUAAAUCGAUAACGCGUUGACGCGUUGUUGUCGUGUAUCUAUAUGUAUUGUUAAUAGGUAGUGUAUGUAUUUAAUUGUGGUAAAUAGGUAAAAGUGAGAUGUAGGCCCUCAUACUUAAUGUUUAUUCUGAAAAUGCAAAACGCCUAAGACUAUUCAACGUUUAUGCCAACGAGGUUACAACACUAUCGUUACAAAUUACACUGUCAAAUGGACAACAUUAACAUAUACUUCAAAGAAACGAAGAAUACGAUACUUCCCUGUUUAUUUAAUUUUAUUACCAACGCAAACGGUUUGUCUGAUAAGUAUUUCACUGUGAAGCACAACGUAAGUUUGAGUAUCCAAUUUGUUACUGGAAUAAUUGAAGAAUUGGAAGCGAACAGCAAAGCAAUUUUUAAAGGAAAUUUAAAAGGAGAUUUCUAUAAUGUCGCCAAUAAUUAUAAACGCAAUAUGAUAAAUAAGGAACAGCAAAAAUAUGAACAAAUUAAACAUGACAUUCAGACGAAGAUCGGUAAAAAAAAUCAAAUUGUACAUUACUUCAACGCUGUAGAUCGACAAUUACAGUUUGUCACGAAAAAAAAAAUAAUGAAAUCAGAAGCAAUUAUUGUUGCGGUAAUGAAAGAACACGAACAUACAAUUGUGAAUUUACAAUUAGAUGCAAAAAGCUUGUUAUCAAAAAUUGAGUCAAAUGCAAAAAACAACGAGAUUAAAAAAAAUAUUCGUAUGCAAAUCAGGAACGAUUUAAAAAUCAGAAAAGCUCUAAUAGUGAAUACAUAUGAUUCAGAGAUGAUGGAAAAAUAUAAUAAUGUGAAUAGAUUUAAUUCAAAAAUAAAAAAAAUUGAAGAUACUAUUUUUCAAUUGCAAGAAUCCAUUUCAUAUCAAAUGCCAUUUUACAAUAAUGUGGUACUUGAAAAGGAAGAGGAAAAUGAUAGAAUUUGGCACUCAAAAUUACAUGAAAUACAGCGUAAGAUAGCAGCUCGAAAAAUACAAAUGCAUUUUAGAAGAUACUUAAACUACAUUAAGACUCGUGAUAUUAAGAAAAAUAAAAAAGGGCAACAUAAAAAACCCAACCGAAAAUAAAAAAAAACAUUUACAUUUUCUAUAAUUUUAUAACCUAGAUAUAAAGAAAAUUCACGGUUUUACACUUUUCUUGGAAAAUUAUAACCUGAGUAACAGCAUUUAAUUUUAAAAUUAUUAUCAAUGUUUAAUUUUCUUAAUUUUCAUUUAAUUUUUCAUAACUUCAUGAAAAACAUUAAAGAAUUAUUUUUAGUUUAAUAUUUUAUAGUAUAAAUUUCAUAUUUUAUUAUUUGUAUUAAUUUAUUAUUAAGUUAUUGCAUGAAA